AUGAGAAAGAAUCGAGGUGGGAAGAACAAAAAUAAGAAAGAAGGUAAUUUAGAUCUUCAAAACUUAGAGAGAUUGCAACAAAUAUUUGAUUCGGUUAGUACAAAGAAUGUUAGAAUAUCAACAAGCGACAUUGUAAAUUUUUAUGAUAAUAUUCAAUGCGUUGAUGCAGUUGCUGCAUUAAUUUCUUUUUACAAUGACGAAAUGCCUCAAAAUCGAGCUGCAUAUGUCAAUCUUGCCCAUGAAGUUUCCCAAAGAUUUCAAAAUUAUCUAUGGGCCUCUUUACUUAUGAUAUCAAGUGGCCAACUUUUGUAUUCCUUAUAUCUUAAGGGCUCCAUUACUUUACAGCAAGCCAGAAAAAGAUGUUCAAUUGAAAAACGAAUUUACUAUUUCUUCGCGAAAGAACUCGGAAUUCCUCAUUACUAUCCUGAAUACCAGUAUAUAUUCAGCUUUACGCCAGUUACAAACAACGAAACUCGUGAUGAUACAGAAGAUAACGCUGCCAGCCUUGUUAGAGCAGAUUUACUCGAUCAAUACUGGCUAACUUACGAUAAUUUACGCAAUACAGGAUAUUUGAACGACUCAAUACAAGGAUAUAUCAUUAGCAAUGACGUUGAUCAUGUUAUUGACCUUGCAAAUGACGCAAAAUUCGAUCCAACGGAAAGAUUCGAGUCAUCUCCAUUUUCAAAUACAAAACGAACAUUCAACUACCUCGAAUUUUCCGCUUUUUACGGAUCAUUUGAUUCAUUUAAUUAUUUCAUCGGAAGAGGACUCAAAGUUACAAAACAAGUUGUUUACGAUGCCGUAUUUGGUGAAAACAAAGACAUUGUUGAGUAUUGCAGUAAAAAUGGCGGUGAUUUCGAAGGAAUUAUUUCAUUUGCCAUUUCACAUCAUAAAAACACAAUUCUUACAUGGUUAAUGACCAACUACAACCAAGAAUACACUCCUUUGGACUGUAUAAAAGGCCAGAACCUUCAAUUUUUGAAGAAAUCAAAUAUGAUUUUUUCUCCUGAAUGUUUGUAUUAUGCGGCACGUUCAGGAUACGUUCCUUUGGCUAAAUACGUCAUGGAGAAUAUCCAGGAUUACGAAUACAAGGAUGAGAACGGCGAUACAAGUCUAAUUAUCGCGACAAGAUUCGGUUUUUAUGAAAUGUGUCACUUUUUGGUCAAAAACGGUUGUAAUGUCAAUGCCAAAGGAAAGAAUGGCGAGACACCAUUGUAUAUUGCCGGUAUAUUAGGUAUUAAUGAGUUAGUUGUCUUCUAUUUGAGCGAAGGCGCUGAUUUUCGUGAAAUUACUGACAAAAACGAAACAGUUUUGAAUGCAUUGGCAUUUAGUGGCAACAAAGACUCUGUUUUAGCAUUAAUGUCUUACGGAAUGGACUUGAAUACUAAUCCGAUCUCUCCUUUAUACACAAGUGUUGUCGAUGGAAAUUUGUUGAUGAUGGAUUUCUUUUUGAACAAAGGAGCAAAUCCAAAUAAAAAACAUCCAUUUACUGGAGAAACUCCACUCCACAAAGCACUCCUUAAAUUCGAUUUCAGAUAUACAACAACACUACUUGAAAGAGGUGCGGAUAUCUUCAUAGAAGAUAACAAAGGAAUUCCGCCAAUCGCUGUUGCUUAUAUAAGAGGAGAUCCAAGAAUUACGGCGGUUUUGACAAAGAAAAACCGUCCGAAUUUGAGACAAUCGUUCAAAGAUGGAAAGACAUUUUUGCACUAUGCAGCCAUGGCAAACAAUACAACAGGUUUGGACUAUUUACUCAAUAAAAUACAUUUGAAUCCAAACCAAGUUGACAAAGAAAUGAAUUCUCCGCUUUUUUACGCUUUGGAAAAAAGGAAUUUGGAAAACGCUGAGUUCUUGUUGAAUCAUGGUGCAGAUAUAAACGUAAGAGAUGCACAAGGACAAACACUUUUGCAUUACUUCGUCAGAAGCAACGAUAAAGAAAUUGUCACGUUUCUAAUUGAUCAUAAAAUAUUAAUGGAUGAAUUAGACAUGAAUCACAUGACUUGUUUCGAGUUAGCAGCGGAGCUUGACAGGAAAGAGAUCAUUAAUAUUCUUAUUGAUAAAGGUGCUUUGUUUAUGACACAUCUUUCUUUCACAACUCCUGCACACAUCGCAACUAAAACAGAUAAUUUGGAGUUGGUUAAAAAAUUCGUUGAUUUGGGAUUUGAAAUUGAUUUCGCUGAUGAAAACAAUCAAACAAUGCUUCAUGUUGCUGCAAUUUAUAGUGCAAUGAAUGUAAUGAUUUAUUUACUUAAUAAAAUGGCUGAUGUAACAUUGAAAGAUGACAAUGGAGAUACUCCUCUUUCUUUGGCAGUCAAAAACAAUCAUUAUGAUGCAGCAAAACUACUUCUUAAUGAAAAAAGUGAUCCGAAUACAAGAGAUAAAGAUGAGUUCCCAUUAGCAGCAUGGUGCGUAAAAUGUGAUAGAAAAGAUCUGUUCAAACUUUUGUCAAAUUACGGUUUAGACACAAAUUUGAGAGUUGAUUUGACAAAAGGUGACAAUUUAUUAAUUUAUGCCGUUAGUAUUAAAAGGAGCGACUGGAUUUCUAUGUUGAUAAACAGCGGAAUCGACAAAAACGGCAAAAACAACAAAGGACAAACCGCUCUUAUUUUAGCAGCCGAAAUGAAAAACGAAGCAUCAAUUAGAGAACUUGUAAAUGGAGGUUGCGAUGUAAAUAUCCAAAAUUCAAAGGGAAUUACAGCGGUUUCCAUCGUCAUUGAGAAAGAUCUAUACAGAAUACUUCCUAUGAUGAUAUCUGCUGGUGCUGAUUUAACAAUUCCUGAUGAAGAAGGAACAACUCCAAUUGAAUUAGUUUCUUCUGACAAAACCGUAGAAGUUUUGACAAAUGCUUUAUCGACAGGAUAUGACAUCAACAGAAAAGUUGAUGGAGAAAACACUCAUCUCUUAUUGGCAACGUUCGAACAAAGGAGUGGUUUGCUAUCUUUCUUGUUAAAGAACAAAGCUGAUACACAAAGAUCAGAUAUCCAUAGAAGAACAGCUCUUUAUCACGCAGUUAUUAUGAAUGAAUACGAAAUUGCUUACAUUCUAAUGAAGAAUGGCGCUGAUCCAAAUUAUCCAUGUGAUGAUGGAAGAACACCUCUUAACAUGGCAACAGAAAUGGAUAAUCUUGCAAUGCAAAUAAUAUUAGGAUUUCAACCAAAACAAAUUCCAGAAGAAAAGAAAGAAGAAAUCCAAGAAAUUCUUGAUUUUUGCGAUGAAAAAUACAAGAAAUAUCAAAAUUAUUUCAAUGAUUUCAGUGAUGACGAUGAUUCCAAGAAAUCUAUGAAUGAUAAUUCUGAUGAAGAUGAUGAAAACAAAGAGGAGGAAGAAGCUGUUGACGAAGAAGGAAAGAAAUAUGUCCUCAAAAGAGGAGGUCGUCGUGGAACAACAAAAGAACAAAUUCUCAAAAAGAAAGCAGAGAAAGAAAGAAAAGAACUCAAAAAGAGAAUAAGAAAACAAAUCAGAAAAUACGAAAGAGAAGAACAAAAGAAAGCAAAGAAGAGAGAAAAACUAAGAUUAGAAUUAGAAAAUAGAAUCGCAAAAAGAAAAAGAAAAUACGAAAAUAAUGAAGAAGAAAGUGACGAUGAAAGUCAUGAAGAAGAGGACAUAAUCGAAAUCGUGACAAAGAAAGCACCACCAAAGCCUAAGAGAAAGCUGAAUUUGCAAAAUUAUAAUGAUAACAAACAUUAUAAGAAUUAUGAAAACAAAUUUAGUGAUUUGGAGUAUAUUUUGGAACUAAUUCUUGCAUUAGUUAUUAUUAUAUUGAUCGCUCGUUACAUUAAGAAGCUGGGAUAUUAA